AUCAAGAGCUCAAAGAACGAUUCAACGAAUGUUUAUCGGCGGUUUGUACAAAGAAGUAUCGAAAGAUGACUUGAGGCUAAAGUUUAAGCCUUUUGGUGAUGUCAAAGACUUAGAAAUUAUAACCCGUCAUGACGAUUCAGGAGAUCAUAUUAAAACGUUUGCAUACAUUAACAUUGACAUCUCUGAGAAGAAUUUUAGAAAAUGCUUAGCAACUUAUAACAAGUGUAACUGGAAGGGCCAAAUUCUCAAGGUAGAAGUUGCAAAGGAAGAUUAUUUGACAAGAUUGCACAAAGAGAAUCAGGUAAAUGAUGAACAAAGUGAAGCUAAUUGUAAUAUCCCAAAGAUUUCCGUAAUAGAAGAUAUAAAAUCAGCAGUUCCAGGGACACCUGUACCGAAAAAACGAAACUGGGUUGUUGGAAAAUUUGGUAGAGUAUUACCAAUUGUAUUUUUGCGCCGACGAGAUGGCAAGAAGAUAGCAAAAUUUGAUCCGUCAAAAACUGUGCAUUGUCUAAAGAAGUUGAGGGGUAAUGACUUUAACCACCGCCAUUCUGUUGAUAGCUUAACUUGGAACCUUUAUCAAAGUGAUUCAGAUUUUAAUGGAGUUGAUGAAGCCAAUCCUACCAAUAGAGUUUCAAUCAAACGUUCGCUUGACGACAAUGGCGAUGACAAUAAUAACAAGAACAGCCAAAAAAUUAAAGCGAAAAACGAAGAGUCCUGCUUCAAAAAGAUUAAGAUCCGUGAGACUCUACUGUCUGAUGAAACAGGCUAUUGUCAGGGUAGUUUUAAACAGCAUCAAAAAGAAUCUGAUCUAAUACAAAACAAUGAAUCGGGGUUUUCCACAAAGAAAAAUUCUAUUGUUGACGAUAAACCAACUUCAUUGCCCUCCAUGAACCAAAGUUCUGACAGUAAUACAAGUCAGUCGACAAGUCAUAACAGUUGUUCCAUAGAAGAUAGUUCGAGCUUAGAUGAGAGUAUAACUUCUGUUUAUAGCAGUGAUGAUAAUUUGUUAGCACCAAGUUUCAAAAAUGAACGGCAUCAAGAAAAUGAUAAACCAAGCUCAAAGAAGAGAAAAGAGGAGAAUAAAACGGUUGAGAAGUACUCUGAUGACAAAGCUGAUCAUCUUUUGUCAAGUAACGAAAGCAAAGUCCAGUCAGAAACUGAAGAGUCAAGUCAGGCGUCAAAAAGAAAGUAUUCCUUUUCGGAAAUUUCGCCAAAGCAUGAAUCACUAAAUGAGCAUAACAGAACCAAUGAACGCAGUUCUUCAAAUGAAAAAUCAUUCAUGGCUGCAGAAUCCCAUUUCAAAUCAAGAGUGAAAAAAGAAAUCUCCAACAAGUUAAGACUGGAAACUUUAGAAGAAAGAAAAGAAGUUCUUAAAAAUCAAAAAGAAAUUGUAAAAAAAGCCCUGGAAAAGGUGGAUUCAAGUUCUGAUAAAGGAGGAAAUCAUAUUGUUUUUGAGAAUGAUAACAACAUGGACGGAGAAACCUUGAAAAUUUCAAGUGGAAGAGAGAAAGUAACCGGCUCAAAAGCACUUGCGUGGCUAGGGAUGGCUUCUUCCAGCGAUGAUGAUGACAAUGAAGAAGUUGACGAAUUUCUUGGUAAAGAAUAUUUUGAUGGAAAAUCCGGCGAAAAGCUGAUGAAAUUGCAACAAACGUUUGGUCAUGAUCAAAGGUUCAAAAUGGAUGAACGUUUUUUAGAAAGUGACGAUGAAAUAGAGUCGACAUUAGAAACACCAAUUCUUGAGGAGGACGAUUUAGCCCAACAACUAAAAGAUGAGAAACGUUUGUCUUUGAAAGUUCUUCAAGAUGUUCUUGGUACAAACUCGGUGUUUUUGGAAGAAAGCGAAGAUUCCAGGAACUUGUACAGAGAUUCUGUUGACACACACUAUGAUCCCAAUCGCGAAGAUCAUGCCAAAUUUGAGGAAGAUAUCACAAAAUCUGACAGUCCUGAGAAAAAAUUAGAGAGCAAUGUGGUAAAUGACGAACCAAAAUUAAACGAAGAUGCUUCCACGAAAGAAAGAUUUUACACCGUAUCUGAUUCAUUGAAAGAUUUCUUUGGCAAUAAAGAAAAGGAAAAUAAAACGUUUUCAUUUUUUUCGGAUUUGGAUGAAAUUGAAGACAAUGCAGAAAACUUAAAUUCGGCAGAACAAGCGACAGUUGUCAGUAAUUGGAAACCUCCAGUGCAGCUGUCGCAAGCACUUCCGUACGACAGUAGUGCCAGUGAAUCGGAGGAUGACGUUGAACAGGCUGAUAGUAAUCACUCGUCAAAGGUCAGCACAAAAAGAUGUUUAUUUUAUCAUCCAGAUAAUCUGGAAAUGAUGAACGCACUGGAAGUUGAAAGUUCUAGUUUUAUGAGACAUGAAUCAGUUGAAAGUUUGAACCGCUAUUGGGUCGAGGUAAGACAGAAGAUGACACAGGACUAUAAAAAGAGACGAAAGGAUGCUUUACGACGCCAGAAGAGAACAUCAUAUAAACGAGUGGAUCAUUAAAGAUUUCGCAGUUUCAGACUGAAUCAUGCAGAAAUCCAUGUUACAUGUAUAUAUAGCCAUGAUCACAACAUUGUUUUUUGCAUCAAUUUCAGAUUUACAGUAUAUCAAACUCUUGCUUUGUUAAAAGAGUAAAUCGCCUAUAUAAUAUAACUGCCAGUAAUAUUACUGGAAACAUAUCUGGUAAAAAUUUGGAAAUAUCUUGGAUACAAUUUGGUAAAUCACUGAUGCUAACUGGCAUAUAAAAAAACCCCAAAUGACCAUCAUUUUUCUCAAUG